AUAAACUCGAUUUAAGGCAGGCAAAAAAAUUGUCUGACUUCCACGAUGGAUGAGAUGAAAACGAGUUUUCAAAGAAUAAAACCCAAACAUCAACAGUUAAAAGUGAUGGACAACAUUGACGACACUCAUGCCCUGACUCACAGCAUGAAAAGAACUUACGCUAAUCAAAUCUGCUAUAGCUUUAUCGAUCCUGGUAGCAAAAAGAAUCACCAUUGUGGUAUCAUUUGCCCAUUACUAAAACACAAAGUGGACUUCACUGAGAAAAUUUCAGCUAAAGUGGUUUAAUUUUGGUUAGUUGAUGGUGUUGGUGAUGACCUCGUCCAUAAUUUGCGGUGGUCUAUGCUGAGUUAAGGCUAGUUUUUUGCGACGAAAAUUUUUAAUUCGUUAGUUUAUUAAAGAACGCCAACAUGUCAAAGAGUGAUUAUUUGAUCAAAGACAUAGAAAAUGUCAUUACCGGCAUCGAUGGUGAAAUAAAAAAGAUCGACAUAUCCAGAUUAACCGCUCCCGGAGAGAAUUUUAUUAGCUUAGUGUUUCGUGUGGAUGUCCAAGUGGAAAAGGAUGGAAAAGUGGAAACGGUUCACGCAGUGGCCAAACGGCUACCGACUGUUAUAAAAAUGGAUUUAAAUGCGAUUGCAAUGAGACACGAAAUCAAAUGGUACUCUGAAAUAGCGCCCUUGAUCAAGGAAUUCGGACAGGAAUAUGGAAUAGAUACAGACUUCUAUCCAGAAUGUUUGGGGACGAGACUAAGUAUGGAUUCAGCCAAAACAAACGCUGAUGAAGAAUCUGUGUUGUUGCUUAAAAACAUCAAUCCGGACGGGUUUGAAAACCUCGAUCGUCACAUCGGAUUUGAUUAUCGCACUGCCAAGGCAUUUCUGCGAACGCUUGCCACUUUUCACUCGAUUCCCCUCGUAAUAAAAUUCAAAAAACCCGAACACUUUAAAAUUAUCAAACAAUGCCUGAAUAGUAUUCUGGAUGAUGCUGCCGUGCUGAGCCCUCCUAAGGAUAAACCUCCUAGUGGGCCUGACGGAAAAACUGGUGGACCUCCAAACAAUCAUCCAUCUCCUGGUAUUACCUAUGGAAAAAUGCUGGAAAUUCCUGCAUGUCAGCCCUACAGGGCAAAAAUAAAAGCGAUGAAGGAGGCUAACAAAGAAAUGGGCGAUUUCCUAUUUUCGCCAGCUGACGAACCCUGGGCCACUAUGGUACAUAACGAUUCAUGGGUAAAUAAUAUUAUGGUAAAGCUCAGAGGGGAGGAGGAACCUCUGGUGAAAAUGGUGGACUUCCAAGUCUGCACUUACUCGUCAUUUGCUAAGGAUUUGGUAUUAUUCCUUCUAACUAGUGUGCAGGAUGAUGUCCAAAGAGAGCACUUUGACGAUCUUCUUCGAUACUACUACGACCAGCUCACUUCCAAACUUGAAAAAUUCAACAUCCCCGAGUUGAAAUUGAGCUAUAGUGAUUAUUUGAAGGAGUUGGAAAAAGUCGCCCAGGCUGGGGAAAUGGCCCAUGCGAUUUUCUUCACUAAUCCAGUGUUUAGCGAAAAGGGAAAAGCUCCAGACUUUCUGGCUGGCGAAGCUGACAUGGCCGAGUCCAUGCACUUAAUGAUGAACAACAUGGGAGAACGUCAAAAGCAAAAAUUAGCUCUCAUAAUGGAGCUGGCUGUGCAAAGAAACUGGGCCUAGAUCUCGAUUCGUUUUCCUUGUUAACAGGGACAAUAAGCUGCAAUGUUUCACAAAUGUACAAAUCAUGUCAGUUCGGUACUCUUGAGCUCAGUGAAAAAUUGUUUUUAACCAGAUUAUAUUUUUUAAACUAAAAUUUAUAGUUAAGUUUACUGCUGUAAAACCGGUUUACUGCAGUGAACUUUUCUUUAAUUCAAUUACCUUAUGUUGUGUAGGGUAGCGUGGAAAGUGUUCUAAACAUUGAUUAUUGUCUGAUUUGUCUACUAAAGUUGAAAGUGCACCAUCAGUCCACUAGAAGUAUAAAAAACUUAUAAAGUUAUCGAAAUUAACACAAUAUAAAAUAUUAUACACAUGCAAAUUUAAGCAUUGUAAUUAUAACAUUAUCCGUACUGAUAGUGCUGUGAGUGAGUGUCCAAUAUGUUUUUUUAAUAAAUUUACACAAACAACGGAAGAAUUUGAAAAUGGAAACUUUUUUAAAUUGACUUUCAUACAAAAUAUUCAACAGAAACACAGAGUUUUUAGACAAUAGUUGCAACCAAUGAACUGUAAAAAUCCUUGGCAAAAACGACCAAUUGCAAAAAAAUACCAAGGUUUUCAUUACUUCCGUUUCUCAGUUUCGUUUUUUCCACAAAAAUCAGGACUUUUGAUAAUUGUGUCGCCUUCUAGAGUCAUCCAUAUUAAAUCUUCUUCAUCGACUUCA